CACUAGCAAGUCCUUGGUCGACUUGUGCAAGGCCGCAGCGGCGACAGCACUGCGCCAUUGCUUGUUAACAGCCUGCAAGCAACCUCCGGACACGCACUAAUACGACAACCAAACAGCUUCAACGCCUUCACGCCAGCCGCCGCGAGCAGCCACUGCAGAGCCGAAACCACUGCAGUGUUAUGGCUGCGCAAGAGGAGACGACGCAGCGCGCCGUCUUCGUCGACACGUCCAACGAGCCGCGGACCGACGAGGAGGCCGUCUCCAUGUGCACGCAAGGAUUAGAGAGAGCGACGGCGCCGCGGGACAUUGCUGACUUACAAUUUCGGCUGGCCAAUGCGCAGGUGCGGCGCGGCUUCCCCGAGCUAGCUGUCGCAGCGUUCCGGGCGUGCGUCGCGGCGGACCCGCGUCGUCUAGACGCGUUCAACAACCUUGGAUUAUUGUUGUUGAGACGGUACGACUACGGCGCGGCGGCGACCGAGUUCCGUCAUGGUUUAGCAGUCAGCGAGAGCGCGGAGCUCCUGCUCAACCUGGGCGUCGCCGUCGAGCACGCAGGUGAUGUGGAGGAAGCCCAACGGUGCUACGAGCGAGUCAUAACAAUAGCGCCGAAGGAUGCACGACCGCACGCAAAUCUGGGCGCGCUGGCCGCGAAGCGAGGCGCGCUGGACGAAGCAAUAGCGUGCCAUCGAAAAGCUGUGGAACUAAAUCCGGACGACCCCUGGCUUUCGUUUAAUUUAGGUGAUGCGCUCGAAGAUGCUGGGGAUGACGAAAGUGCGAUACGAGCCUACGAGGCCUCAAUACAAUUACCCUGCGCGAAGAACAACCUCGCGGGGCUCCUUGAAAAGAGCGGGGACUACGACAGGGCCGAAGCGCUGUACGCCGAGUGCUGUGCGCAGAGCCCCGACGACUACGAUUUCGCGGUGAACCGCGCGUGCUGUGCGCGAUCUAGAGGUGUUGAUGCCGAGGCGCUCUUCGCGGACGCCGCGAAACUUUGUGAGAGGCCCUACGCCUGCGCGUUUAACCUCGCGGAGCUCGCGGCGGCGCGCGGCGACAUCCAGACGGCCCUCGCCCGGGCGAAGGAGGCCGUCGCCUACGCCGAUGAGGAGGAAAUUGACGACGCGCGGGAACUGCUGCGGGCGCUCCUCGAGGCGUGGCGCGAUUCGUUGGACGACGCGAACGUGAUCGAGGACGCGCUGGCGCACGGGUUGGAGAUUUGAUAAGUUUUG